ACCUCUCGCUCGCCCACUGUCGCUCAGUUGCCUGUGGAGCUUGUUCGGAGAGAGACUGUGGAAGAGUGCACUCGAAGAAAAACUGGAUUCACAAGAUGUAAUUAUUUUGAUUACGACAUCAUAUAUGAAAAGGAGAGUGUUGAUAAUCAGUCAUACAUAAAAAAUAACAAAAACAUGUGCCCCAUAAUAUUAGAGGAAUUCAGAUAUUUGGCCACCGAGUUAAUUUGAACAUCACAACUGAUAUGAAAUCAUACAGUUUAAUAAGCUAAACACAAUGUUGCAAAGUGACUCAAAGAUGUUAACGGCAGUGAUAACAGGUUUGGUGAUUUUCUCCGUUGGACAAGCCUCGCCUCCUUUACUGGUAGCGCAAGUCUCUGACGUAUCAGUCCAUAAUGUCACAUCAGUACGGUUAACAACCCAGGAUGUACUCCCUACAACACCAGGGUUUUAUGCAUCCAGUGUUGAAGACUCGGUCUCACUGAAUGAAGCUAAUCACGCUGAUGUGAUUCCCGUCGUCCCUCUUUCGUCAGACGGAAUCUCUUCUGAAGAACCCGCGUGGGUCACGACUGACCCGCCCCGCCUGGGGGAGUCAGCCGUCAACUUUUCAACCGAUGUGCCUGAUCUCAACUUCGGCACUCGUUCACCCUUCAUCUCCGAAGAUAUAAGUACGACUUGGGAUCCUGAUAUAACUACAGAUGUAGUUACGACUGUCAGUGAUGAGACAAGAGAUACCAUGACGAAGGAGGCAGUGGAAGGCGUCAGGAAGCGAGGGACAGUCGUCAACUGCUUCUGCGACGCCGACGAAGUUUAUGUCGAUGGCGUGUGUCAUCCAUAUCCUGAGGGAACUGUGGUCCACAUGCGGAAAGAAAAGAACAAUCCUAGAAUUGUCCUGAGACCCAUGGCAGAGAGGCAAGUGAUAAUAAAAGACCUGGAGUGCGACACAGAAAAUGGAGUCAUGAUGCUUAACUUCUCAAGAGGACAGUUUCGACUAAGAGACCGCGGUGACAUCGUGCUAUCGGAAGAAGCUGGGGAAUACGCCGGUCUCCGCAUCGGAGCUUACUGCAUUAAUCACUCAUUGGAUGAAUAUAGAAAACUCACCUGGACCGUAAAGGUCUGCGUGGACCCGCCAAAUAUACCACGAUGCUGCCCACCAGGCCAAGCCAUGAAGGACAAUGUGUGUCGGCCGGCUCGUACGCCAGAGCCUCUGGCUCCCCCGAUCUCUGCAGAUCCGUAUGGUCCAGCUAUAUCAUGGCCCCAUAUCAAGUCCUAUGAAAAGCCCCUCCACUGUAGUGUGGAACCCAUGAAGGAUCUACCGCUGAUACCCCGAGUCUCCUACUUAGCAUCGCACACCAAGGGCUUAGUCCACAUAUGGAAUGCUGAAGAGACCGAUAACAAGUUUCAGUACAGAUUCGAUCCCAAAUACUGCGUUGACGGGAGGCAGAAUCUCGAUGGAUCGGCGUCUUAUUCAGUAAAGGUGUGUUUCGAAAGUCCUAUGGAGCAGUAUCAAAGAUUGUGUACCGAAAACGUCUGUGUGCGAAAAUGCUGUGCGAUGGGAGAAAUAAUGGAUAAUUAUUUGUACAUGUGUGUUCCGAGUCCAGCCGCAGAGUUUGCACCGCGCAUGAACACCAAAUAUAACCUCGUGAUAGGCCAACCUAUAUGUGACCCUUCCACACCCAUUACAGAUUUCCUCUUGUCACCCGACACGGGGCAUCUCGCCACAUGGAACAUAACUCUACCACCGAGUGACUACUGCAUUGACAAGUUUUCUGAUCGAGAGGGCAGGAUAAGUGACGGUGCCUUAGCAUGUAUCAAUUUGUUUAGUACAUGGGAGAAGGCUCAGAACAUCGUGUUCCCAGUCUGCAUGACCAUUUCCCUGGUCUUCCUCCUUAUAAUCGUCUUCUGUUAUUGCGCAGCACCAAUAAUGUUAAAAAACACAGGAUGGUAUCACUUGUGCCAUGUGGUGUCACUUAUCAUUGCAUAUUUCUCUGCAGUCAUGUUACAGUUCCUCAACAGCAUUCUGCAGCCAACAAGCUGUAUCGGAUUUGCCAUAUUAAUGCAGUUUGGAUAUCUAUCGGCAUUCUUCUGGCUCAGUGUCCUUUGUUUUGAUGUCUGGAGAAUAUUCAGGAGCCUCAACAACAGACUGCGUCCACCUCGACCCAUCCCUCCGUGUGUCUACCAUAUUUAUGCCUGGAGUGGACCUCUUGUGAUAUGUUCAGUCACACUGGGUUUGCAGUAUGUGGAUGCAGAUGACGUUCCUUGGCUCAUUAAACCACAUCUAGGGCAAUACAAGUGUUGGUUUGGGGAGGAUAUGGAGCAGCUCGUGUUUUUCUACCUGUAUAUUGCCAUCCUGUUAUUUGCCAACUGUCUCUUCAUUGGUCACACAUACUGGGUCAAGAGAAAAAUGGAUGAAAGUUUGGCGGCUCUUAGAGCUGACAAAAAAGGAAAUGGCGAGAAAACUACACCAGUUGUCCACAGCAAACGGAACUACUACUCUGAAUUCAAAACAAAGUUCUUGUUAUUGGCUCUCAUGUCGAGCUGCUGGGUGGCAGAGGUUCUGUCUUGGCAAAUUCCACCAGCAGAACUUUGGGCUCUCACUGAUAUAUUCAACACACUCCAAGGUUUCUUCAUAUUCGUCAUUUUCAUGCAAGACAGACAGAAACGGCAACACCUCAAAGAGAAAUUCCCGAACCUUUUCAGAAUUUUCAAGAACAUCUUUUUAACCUUCAGUAAACUGAAACAUUUUCUUAAAUGUUCUCCCUGCUCAGCAGGAACGUUCUCGCCGUAUACUUACAUCUCAACACUAAACAGAAAGCUUUCCUCGUCAUCUAUUGUCUCAAAUCUCUCGACUCUUUCAUCUUCCAUCAAAAUAACCUCCACAUCCGUAUUCAAAGUUGACAGUGACAGGCGGUCUCCACAAAGAUCCGAGUCGUUUGACAGUGACAAUGGCAUCAUUACCCUCUCACACACUCCCAUAUCGCAAACGAGCAGCAUUUCUUCGGACAGCAGUAUUAGGAGCGUCUCACAUUGUUAGUGACCAAGGCUCAGGGCUCUUUGGACUUACUUGACCCAAGUUGCUGAAAAAAAUAGCAGCACUGGUCGGAAUAUUUUUUGUCAGAUCUCAUUACCUGAUAGUAUUUUUAAAACUGUAAAAGCUGUGUACAACUCUUUUCCAUGUGGAAUUUCAUGAACACUAGUUCUUACCCAAUAUUUAAUUUCAUAUACCAUAUUAUUACAACGCACUUUCAUCGAUGGACUGGAAAGCUGAACAGUUCUCCAAUAUACACAGAAUGCGUAAAAUAACUAAAGAAAUAUGCUGAAUUAGGAAAACUAAAAUCAAUGAACUGAGGUUAUGUUUUGUUUACGUGCUGUUACAAUUGUUUUACAUAUAUCUUUAGUAACUAAGUAUUGAAUUGUAUCUGUGUACCUAAUAAAGCAGAAUUGUUAUGCAUAUUAUGUCAUAUGAACAUUGGCUGUGAACCAUGAUGUUUGUGUGUUCUAAAAAGUACAUUAAUGUGUAUGGAUGGAUGUAUAUAUGUAUUUUGUGUAUGUGUUUAAGGCAAAAAUCCCAUCUUCCUUCAUAAUGAUUUGUUAAAAUAUGUAUAGUGUAGGAAUGUCAGUUAUGCCUAAAAUUAUAUUACAACAACAAAGCGGAAGUUAAAAAGGAAGAAUUAAUUCACAAAACAUAUAUCAUUAACAUUGGACGUGAACCAUGAAAUUUAUAAUCUUAAAAAGUACAAUGAAGCCAGUUUUUGAUAAUGUUAUGUACAUAUUGUGUAAAUGCUAUUAAAUUAAUUUUAAGGAAACGUGUAUCUGCUGAUAUCACAUACACAUUAAGUGUGUGUGUGCGAUGUUUAAGGUUUUGGAACUAAUAGGUGCACACCCAAGAUGCAGACCAACAUAUAGAUAGUAUAUUUAUAUGCCAUGUCCAAUAUAUAUAUUUUUUUCCAUUUAUUAGUCCCUGCAGAUACACGUGUUUGUAUCAGAUACUUUACAUAAUAGAUGAUUAUAACAGUGUA